GGAUAGAAAAACAGCAUUCCCUUCGCCAUUCCCAAAAACAAGAAACCAACGUCCAAUUCUUUCAUUCCCCCAGGCAGCAUGCACCCCACAUUCCUCCAACAUUGAUUUCAUGCUUCAUCAAAACUAAACACCCCCAAUUUUUCCUAGAAAACCAAUCCUUUGUAGUCUGUUUCAUAGCUCCUUGUUUGGAAAGGGGAAUGUUGUUAGAUUCGAAAUGAGGCAUUGAGGUAGAGCCACAAUAAUGGUUAAAGCAAUGGAGGAGGCUGAAGAUCAAGAGAGUUCGAGAUCAUCGAGGCUAGGGCGGUUCAGGGGCAUGCUCGAGAGUGGCGCCAGCAAGUUUCGGCGCAGCCUCAACGACAACAACACCACCACCAAUGGAUCAGCCUCGCCCUUACCCUCGGACGAGGACAACGAGAGGAUGACGGCCAAGAGCAACGCCUCCGCCCCCUUGCCCGAAGAGCCUGCUCCGCCCCCCGUCCAGCUCACCAAGCUAGGCGGCAUUCUCAGCAGGACUGAGAACGUCAAGAUGAACCGGACCAGCAGCGAUGGCACCCCCACCCCCGCCUCCGCCCCCGCCACGCUCCCCGCCACCACCCCCAGCCCCACCCCUGCCCCUACCCCCAAGACUAGUGAAGCGCCUCCCCCCAGCCCUCCCCCACCAGUCAGGAAGAUGCCUACAGAUAUGGAUUUGAUGAAGGAGAAGUUUGCCAAGUUGCUACUAGGCGAGGACAUGUCGGGUAGGGGGAAGGGAGUUUCAUCGGCGUUGGCACUGUCAAAUGCAAUCACAAACUUAGCAGCUUCUGCAUACGGAGAGAUGAAGAAAUUGGAGCCGAUGGCGCCCGACACCAAAGCAAAGUGGAAGAAGGAGAUAGACUGGCUGCUGUCUGUCACUGAUCACAUUGUCGAAUUCGUUGCUGUCAAACAAAAGAAUAAGGAUGGAACCACCUUUGAGGUGAUGGCGACAAGGCAGAGAAACGACCUGCACAUGAACAUUCCUGCGCUGCGCAAGCUUGAUAUGAUGCUUCUUGACUGUCUGGACAACUUCAAGGAGCCACACGAGUUCUACUACGGAUCAAAGGAUGAUGACAAAGGCGACAAGGCCCAAAGAAACGACGACAAAUGGUGGAUCCCCGUGCCUAAGGUGCCCCCCAACGGGCUGUCCGAGAACACCAGGAAGUGGCUGCAGUAUCAGAAGGACUCGGUGAAUCAAGUGCUCAAAGCAGCCAUGGCUAUCAAUGCUCAGGUCCUCACUGAAAUGGAGAUCCCAGAAACCUACAUUGAGGCUCUCCCUAAGAAUGGUAGAGCAAGUCUCGGAGAUUCAAUAUACAAGAUGAUCACAGAGGACUUCUUUGAUCCAGACUACUUGCUGUCUUCGUUGGACCUAUCAUCGGAGCAUAAGAUAGUCGACCUCAAGAACAAGAUUGAGGCGUCUGUCGUGAUCUGGAAGAGGAAGAUCAAUGCUAAAGACACCAAGUCCUCGUGGGGCUCGGGCGUGAGCAUGGAGAAGAGGGAGCUUCUAGAAGAUAGAGCAGAAACCGUGUUACUCAUUCUCAAGCAUCGUUUCCCCGGUAUCCCUCAAUCUGAUCUAGACAUCAGCAAAAUCGAGUUCAACAAAGAUGUGGGGCACGCGGUUCUUGAGAGCUACUCGAGAAUCUUGGAGACCUUAGCAUUCACCGUGUUGUCUAGAAUAGAGGACGUGAUGAGCGCUGACGCUCAAGCUAGAGGCUCAGCGAAUGCAGAGAAGACGAAAUCCUUAAAGGAGAGAACGGUGUCUGAGAAAGUUGCGGUGGCUAAGGAAGAAACGGAGAGUGAGACGCCCAACUCAAAGACGCUGCUGGAUUUCAUGGGGUGGAACGUGGAGCAGCAAGGGGAGACGGAUGGGAAGAAAGCCAACGACGAGAAUGCAGAUGCAAAGACCCUCACCAAACAAGAGAACAUUGUCCCAAACAAGAAGUUGUCCUACAUAGAGAGGCUAGAGAUUCUAGGCGGUUCGAGAAGCCCAACAGCGCGCCACUAACAUGAUGCACGACGCUCAACAGGUGAUGGAUGUACAUACAGAAAUGUCACAAAAAUCAUAGGGAGUUUAUCAAGUUAAAAAGUUUCUGCUUUGCUAACAGCAAGCAGUGGUAGAUUAAUUGGGUUUUAUCAAGUUUUUUUAGAUGUCUAAGGAGUCAAAUUAAUGACUCGUGUUUAUGGAUUGCACGGCCGUAGCUGGCUGCAGUCCUAGUGUUCUAAUAGUCUGCAGCAGGCAAUACUAGUUAUGUGAUUGAACAAAGUAACCAGAAGCAGUUCUGAGCUAUACUACAAAAACCAUUCUUAGCUUA